GAAUUCGGAUGGAAAUUGGUGCAUGGCGAUGUGUUUCGUCCACCACGUCACGCAAUGUUCUUGUCGGUAUUCGUCGGGAGCGGUUCACAGAUUAUAUUCAUGGUGUUUGUGACACUCGAUAUCUUCAUGUUGAGUGCAGAUUUCUCGGUACCGGAAUAUUUGAUAUUGCAACGCAACGCUGAAGAUUUUGAAAUGCCAUGGAGAGCCGUUGAAAGUGCACUUCUGGCAUAA